ACUAUACUUACAUACAGUCGCCCAUUUUCUCGACUGCAUAUUUUCGCAGAGUGCGAGACGGUUCUGGUAAGAGUGGUUGGGCAUAAGUUCUAUACUGCGUUUGAAAUUAAUUACCGAAAAUGAUAAGCCGUCAAGUAAUAAGGAGGUUUACGACGUCCGCUUUAAGGCGGUCCGAUCAUCAUGAUGAGCCCGGCGGUAUUCCUGGAAUCAAUCUCCCAUUCUCCAUUCACAAUCGAUUCAAGUUGACUGCCUAUUUCAUUCUCUUCUUUGGCACCGGACUUGGUGCUCCAUUCCUGAUACUGCGUCAUCAACUGCUGAAAUAAGCUUCACCCUUUACAGGGUCUGGUUGGGCUGAUUUCAUUGUAGUACAAGCAGGUACAGUCUACAUCUAUGUAACUGGGUCUAUUUCUUUGAUAUUGUACAGUUAAUAAACCUAUAUCCAUUAUUGAAA